UCGUUUUCUCCUUUUUGCGCUCGAAAUUUCUCAGUCUGAUUUGAAGGUAUUAGAUACCCAAAUCAACCGUUUCUUAAUCUUGUUGGCAAUGGGAUCAGAUAAUGCUGAACCUUCACGUGGGAGAAGUGUUGAGAAACGGAACCAAGAUGACUCGCCUACGAGGGAGAGGUGGAGUGGAGAGUAUGAUGAUGCGGAAAAAAAUGGCUCUGACGAGGUAUUAGUUGCUGGGAAGCAUCGUAGCAAAGAUAAGAGUAAAAGCAGUGGGCGGAGAGAGGAGAAAGAGCACAGAAGUAGAGAUCGCGAAAGGUCAAAGGCAUUUGACAGUGUGAAGGAACGGGAGAAAGAGAACAAAGAUUCUGAGAAAGAUCGUUCGUCAAAUAGAGAUAGGAGGAAGGAGGACAGGGAUGAGAAAGAAAAGGAUAGGGUCCGGGAGAAGGAUUCUGAUCGUGAGAAGCAUAGGGAAAAAGAGAGAGAUAAAGAAAGAAAGGAUCGGGUAAAGGAGAAUGAGAAGGAACGGGAGAGGGUGAAAGAGACGGAAAGAGAUGGUGAGAGAGGGCGAGAUAAAGAGAGGGGAAAAGAGAAGAGCAGAGAAAAGGAUAAAGACAAGGAGAGGGAAAGGGAUAGAGCUAAAGAUAAGGAGCGAGAAGAUCACAGAGAUAGGGACAGGGACAGGGAAAGGGAAAAUGGUAAGCAUAGAGGUAAGAAUACAGAUGAGAGAGAGAAGGGGAAGGAGAAAAAUAGAGAGAAAGAAAAGCAAGGAGAUCAAGAAAAGGAACGGGCAAGGGACAGAGAUAGAAGUAGUCGUAAACAGAAGGAUGAGAGUUAUGACAUGGUCAAGGAUACGGAGAAGGAUGGUCACUUAAGAUUGGAGAAUGAUUAUUCUCGUGAUAAUCAGUCUAAUAAGGUGCGAGUAGAUAACUCUGAUGGUGAGAACGACUCCAAAAUUCUCAAGCAGCAAGAUAGGGCUGAAAAGUCAGUUGACGGAAAUAGCCAAUCAGCAUCUGAUUUAGGGGAGCGCAUUUCUAAAAUGAGACAAGAAAGGUUGGUGAAAUCCUCUGAAGGUGCUUCUGAGGUUUUAGCUUGGGUAAACAGGAGCAGAAAGCUUGAAGAUAAAAGGACUGAAAAGGAGAAAGCAUUGCAGCUUUCUAAAGUUUUUGAGGAGCAGGACAACAUGAACGAUGGAGACAGUGAUGACGAGGCAGCAACUCAAGCCGUAACAGAAAGUUUAGGGGGGGUCAAAGUUCUUCAUGGGCUUGAAAAAGUUCUUGAAGGCGGAGCUAUCGUUUUGACGCUCAAAGAUCAAAGCAUACUUGCUGAUGGGGAUGUUAAUCAAGAGGUCGAUAUGCUUGAAAAUGUGGAGAUUGGAGAGCAGAAGCGAAGAAAUGAAGCUUAUGGGGCUGCAAAGAAGAAAACCGGUGUUUAUGUCGACAAGUUUAGUGAUGAACCUGGUACUGAAAAAAAGAUGCUUCCACAAUAUGAUGAUCCAGUUGCUGACGAGGGUUUAACUCUUGAUUCAACUGGACGUUUCACUGGUGAAGCUGAAAGAAAAUUGGAAGAGCUUAGGAAAAGAAUUCAGGGAGUACCAGCAAGCACGUAUGGUGAAGAUCUCAAUUCAACUUUGAAGAUAUCAACAGAUUAUUAUACUCAAGAAGAAAUGACAAAGUUUAAAAAGCCAAAGAAAAAGAAGUCUUUGAGGAAGAGGGAGAAGCUGGACAUAGAUGCCCUUGAAGCAGAGGCUGUAACAGCUGGAUUGGGUGCUGGGGAUCUUGGUUCACGAAAUGAUGGGAGAAAGCAAAAUCUUAAGAAGGAACAAGAGAGGGUUGAUGCUGAGAUGAGAAGCAAUGCCUUCCAGUCAGCAUAUGCUAAAGCAGAAGAGGCAUCUAAAGCACUUCGGCCUGGGAAAGUAAAUAUCAUGCGCACAGAAGAUGACGACACUGUUUUUGGUGAUGAUGAUGAUGAGCUCCGGAAAUCCUUGGAGAGGGCAAGAAAAAUAGCCUUCAAAAAACAAGAUGAGAAAGAAAAACCGGGCCCUCAGAUGAUAACCCUUCUUGCUUCUUCCACUGCCAAUGAUUCAACUGCUGAAAAUCCGAAUUUGAGUUCUGUAGAUCAAUCAGAGAACAAGGUUGUCUUCACGGAGAUGGAAGAAUUUGUCUGGGGUCUGCAGCUUGAUGAAGAGGAGAAAAAUCCUGAGAAUGAAGGUGUCUGCAUGGAGGAAGAUUUGGCACCAAGCACAUCUGAUCAUGAAAUGACGGAAGUAGAUGGUGGCUGGUCGGAGGUAAAAGAAGCAGUGGAAGAAGUGGCUCCUCUGAAGGAGGAAGAAGAGGAAGUUGUUCCAGAUGAGACAAUUCAUGAAACUUCUGUUGGAAAGGGUCUAGCUAAUGCUCUCAAACUACUGAAAGAUCGUGGCUCACUCAAGGAAACCACUGAAUGGGGUGGUCGAAACAUGGAUAAGAAAAAAAGCAAACUUGUUGGCAUUAACGACAAUGAUGGAGGAAAGGAAAUACGAAUUGAGAGGACAGAUGAGUUUGGAAGAAUUUUGACACCAAAGGAAUCCUUCCGGCUGCUUUCACACAAGUUCCACGGGAAGGGACCUGGAAAAAUGAAACAAGAGAAGCGCAUGCGGCAGUAUCAGGAGGAGUUGAAGGUGAAGCAGAUGAAAAACUCAGAUACACCAUCAUCUUCAGUUUCGAGAAUGAAGGAAGCUCAAGAGAAACUACAAACACCGUACCUUGUUUUAAGUGGGAAUGUCAAACCAGGGCAAACUAGUGAUCCGAGAAGUGGGUUUGCUACCGUAGAGAAGAGUCUUACUGGAGGAUUGACUCCCAUGCUUGGUGAUAAAAAGGUUGAGCACUUCCUAAAUAUCAAGCGCAUGCCCGACCCUGGGGAAAGUGGUGCUUCUUCUUCAAAGAAGCCGAAAACUUGAGAAUGAGGGCAUUUUCGUAUAUGUUGGUGUAUCGCAUAAAUCAGAAUGGCAUCAUAUAGAUUCUGUUGCCUGCUUUUCUUUUCUUUUCUGGGGCAGAGUAAUAUUUUCUUUUUAUUUCUUUUUCAUUUUACCUAACAACAAUUUGUACUUCGUAAAUUGGAUUAGCAUGUUCUAAUGAUGCUCUUAUCUUUGUUUAUUAAGAAAUAUUGUGUAUUAGACCCUUCUAAUCUACCAUAAACAUAGUGUAAAACAAGCUAUUAUGAUUAGUUAAAUACUUUAUUAUAUA